AAUCUGGAACAGUAUACCCGCCGAAACUCUAUUGAAAUACAUGGAGUGCCGUAUAUGAAAGGAGAGGAUAGUUACGCAAUUGUGCAAAAAAUUGCAUCAGCGCUCGCAAUUCCAAUAACAAAACAAUCAAUUGAUGUUUGCCAUCGUUUAAGAACCCCAAGUGAGAAAAAUCAUGCAGCGAUUAUCUGUAAGUUUGUAAAUCGUUACACCAAAGAAGAGUUUUUAGCCAAACGGAAAGUCAAAAGGAAUUUAUCCACAACAGAUAUAGGAACGACCAUCGGUAGCACCAUAUAAGUGAACGAAAAUCUGACUCCGCACCGUAGAAAGCUGCUUUUUAAAUUACGUCAACUUCAAAAGGAGAUGAAAUUUAAGUUUACGUGGACCAAAAAUGGAAACAUUUUCGCUAGGAGAGAUGAAGAAUCCCCUAUUCGCUGUAUUCAAUCCACUGAGGAUCUUGAUCUUAUUAAGUCCGGGGGUCUUUAGUAUGAGUUAGUUUUGCUUCUGAAACUGUUUUUUUUUUAUAUGUUAUGUUUAGUCAACCAUAUAUUCACCUUUAUAUCAAGAAAUGGUUAUCAUUCGAUUAUUGUAUGUUUAUCAAUCACCGAUGUUAAAUUUUGUUUUGUUAUGGAAUAAUAAUUUUAGGUUAUUGUCAUGUUUGCGUACUUAAAUAUUGCACAUUUGAAUGUUCGUUCUUUAUUGGCACAUUUUUCAGAAUUCAAAGAUAUGUUGCAGGCAGCCAGUUAUGACGUACUAGGAGUUACUGAAACCUGGCUGACGGAUCAAAUAAAUACUGACGUAAUUCAGAUUCCGGGAUACAAUUUCAUACGUAUUGACCGAAUUACUACCACUCGCGGGGGCGGGGUAGAACAACUGUGGAUUAACUUAAAACUGAAUAAAACAAAUUUAGUCCUCGGAGUAAUGUACAGAAGGCAGGAAUUUGCAGGUGCUGAAUUCUUUGAAGCUUUUGAGGAUUCACUAUCCAUUGCGAUAACGUACGGUAGUCGUAUUCUUUACAUGGGAGACCUAAACAUCGAUCUAUUGAAAGUUGAUCACGCUCUUUCGAUUCAGAUGAUGUCUUUGUUACACACGUUUGGUCAUAAACAAAUCAUAGAUGUGCCGACGCGGAUUGGUAAAACUUGUAGCACACUUAUUGAUUAUAUGGUAACUUCCGAUGACAUUGAUGUAUUAGAAUCCGGUGCAACUUGUAUGGAUGGUAUUUCAGACCAUCACUUAGUAUACUGUAAAUUUCCUACAAUCUGCUUAAACAGUUAUAGUCCUACUUAUUACACUUACAGAGACUUUCGUAGAUUUGAUAUUGCCGCAUUUGAAAGUGAUCUCAUGUCACAUGACUGGCAUCAAAUGUUUGCAUUAACUAAUAUUGACGAAAAGGUAAACUUUUUAAAUUUAAGGAUACUAGCUACAUUUGAUAAGCAUGCAAGUCGUAAAACUGUUAAGAUCACCAGACCGCCAGCCCCCUGGCUAACCGACAAUAUCAAGUUUAUGAUAUCUUUAAGAAACAAAGCUCUCACCAGAUUUAGGCAAACUAAAAAACCAAGUCACUGGGACUAUUAUAAACAGCUGCGUAAUUAUGUUACCCAUGCGGUGCGAUCCGAGAAAAAAGCCUAUAUUCUCUAUGCUUGCCAUAAUGGCGGUAUUACAUCAUCAACCACAUGGAGGAAAUUGAGGCAGAUGGGUGUAGUUGCUUCGAGAAACAAAUGUGAAAUCCCUACAGCUCUUUGUGAUGUAGAUAAACUUAACCAAGCGUUUACGACACUUUCGGGUGUUAGAGGAAUAGCUACAACAUCCGAUGUCGUAAGCGCGUUUAACGCUAUUAAAUCUAAUUCUACGGGAUCUGAUAACAUUAGUUUACAUAUAUGGAUCAUUCCCGUUACCCUGGAAGGUGGCUAA